AUACGAAAGAAUACUUAUCUUAACAAAGAAAUCCUACUACCUGGUAUCCCAAGAAGUCUCCAGGAUGGUAAGAAGACUCAAAAGAGCGUAGAAAGGAGGACUUCAUGUUUGAACAACAAUAAAAGAAGAAAUAGGAUAGUUAGUAAAGAUCUAGAUGCGAUCUGUGAUGAAGAUGACAAUAGUGAAAACAAUGAUGAUGAUGGAGAUGACGGCGAUGCUGGUGAUGGCAAUGACGAUAGUAAUGUGAUAUAUGAAGACGCCAAUGGAAUUGAAGUUGAAAAGGAUAGCAGUCAAGUAUUAGACGAUGAUGACGACGAUGAUAAUGACAGCAACGAUGGUGAUAAUAAUGACAAUGAUGAUGACAUAUCCAAAUUAGAUUAA